AUGGAUCACCAUGUCCAAACAAAAAGACUACCAAAAAGAUCCAUGGAACAUCCAAGCAACCGUGAACACGAGGCCGCAAGAAGGUUGCAGAAAGUUUACAGAAGUUACCGAACCAUAAGAAAACUCGCAGAUUGUGCUGUUCUUGUUGGUCCAACAUGGUGGCAGCCUCCCAAGCUAGGAAAAGGUUUGUCGAAGAGUUAUAAAGCCCGACACAUGGUAUUGGUAUCGCUGCACUGGCUUGAGGUGAUUGAUCCGCGGCAUCGAUAUGGACACAAUCUAGACUUGUAUUACAAUAAAUGGCUUCAGUGUGAGAUUAAAGAACCCUUCUUUUCCUGGUUAGAUGUAGGGGAGGGCAAAAAGUUAAAUCUCGAUGAAUGCCAACGAUUAAAACUUCAACGGGAGUGCAUCAACUAUCUUGGUCCAAUGGAAAGGAAGGCGUACGAAGUCAUUAUCGAGGAUGGGAAGUUUUUAUACAAGCAAACAAGGGAGUUCCUGCACACAACUAGUGAUCAUGCAAAAUGGAUUUAUGUCCUCAGCCCAUCUAAGAUCUUGUAUGCUGGCAAGAAAAGAAAGGGUACCUUCCAGCAUUCGAGCUUCUUGGCUGGAGGUGCCACCAUUGCUGCUGGGAGAUUAGUUGUUGAAGAUGGCAUACUUAAGGAAGUCUCGCGUCAAAGUGGUCAUUAUCACCCCAGAGAAGAGAAUUUAAAGGACUUCAGUUCAUUUCUCAUAGAGAAUAAUGUGGAUCUCACAUAUGUUCAGAUCACGUCAAUUAAUGAAGAAAAAUAA